CAUUAAUUUACGUUUUGGGCGUGGAAAUAAUGCAUAAUAAUUUUUUCGUUCUACAAUAAUUCAAAUUCGGUCCAACGCACUUUACAACGCUACGAUUAUAACCUCAAAAAUGUUCCGCCAGUUUUUGAGCCAAAACUCAGUGUUUUCGCGCUCUGUGGUACGUUAUGUGCCCCAAAUUCGGACGCAAUCGACCACCGAUGAGCCCCUUUUCGACAUGGAGAACCCCUUUGAGAAGGAGAGACAGCAGUGCCUCCUCUGCCGCCACAAAAUUAUUCCUAAUUACAAGAACGUGAAGUUAUUGUCGCAAUUCCAGUCACCAUACACUGGACGUGUUUAUGGGAAACACAUAACUGGGCUUUGUGAUACGCAACAAAAGUUGGUUGAAGCGGAAAUAAUCAAGGCCCAAAAUGCUGGUCUCAUGGCCACGUAUUUGAAGGAACCGUGCUAUUUGAAGGACCCGAAGUUGUUUGAUGCCGACAAUCCAAUCAGGCCACACAGGUUUUAAAUAGGUUUAAUAUUUAUCUGUGUAUUUAUUUAAGUAAUAGUUGUUUUUAUAUGUAAUAAAGACAUUCUCUAACUUUA